AUGUCGAACCGCCAGCUCGCGCGCGACAUGCAGGUCGAGUUCCAGGCGCGCUUCAACGCCAAGCAGGCGCGGCGCGAGGCGCAAAAGGCGGCCAAGCAGGACCCCAUCCUCAAGAAGCAGAUCCAGGACCUGCUCAAGAAGGGCGAGACGGCAAAGGCCUACCAAAAGGCCAAGAUGCUGCUCUCCAAGCAGGCCCUCGCCCAGCAGAUGGACCAGAUGGCCGACAUGGCCGAGCUGUCAGCCGCCCAGAUCCAGGCCAACAACGCCAUGAACCGCAUGACGCACAUGAUGGCCCAGUCGUCGCGCACCAUGAACGUCGCCCAGAAGAACACGAACCCGGAAAAGACCCUCGUCACGCUCGAGCAGUUCAAGCAGCAAAACGAAGAGUACGCCAUGUCCAACGGCAUCUACCAGGACGCCAUCACCCAGUCCACCUCGGUCCAGGUCGGCGAGGACGCCGUCCACGAGCUGCUCGGCAAGCUGGCCGACGACGCCGGCGUCGAGCUCAGCAUGGAGCUCAACAAGGCCACGCCCGCCGCCGCCGAGCCCCAGGCCGCGAGCGCCGAGCCCACCGCCGAGGAGGAGGACAAGCUGCAGCAGCGCCUGCGUGCGCUGCGGGCGUAG